AACUCAUAAGCAAUAUUACCGAAGAUUGGUGAAGACGUGCUACCUGACUAAAGUUUACUUCAACAGAAAGGGAGCUGAGACACCGCGGCAGUGCUGACGAGAUCACAAAAUCUUCAGAGGAUUCUAAGAAAUACUGAUCCAUCGUCGGGGCAAAGGACUGGAAGGCUAGUCUAGUUGCAGCCAUGGGGCUCAUGACUGAUCCAAAAACACAGGCAUUCCUAUCCAAUUUCAUCAGCCGUUUCCACAAGGCAGGCAGCCUCCUAUGCUACUUGGCUGGCAUGGCCUAUAUGUUGGCCCUGGCCUACCCACCACUGAACGCUGGCACUUACUUCUCUGAGAAUGCCUUGCUGCCAGGUUUGGUGGACCGUGAGUAUGGGGAUAACAGCUACAAUGUGGAGCAGCUGGCGGAGGAAUACAAAAGGGCCGUCGAAAGCAUUGAGGGUUUGCCAGUCAGGUACAUGGAAACCAAAUUCACUGAGCUUGGUCUGGAUACCUUCACCCAGAAUUUCAGCAUCAGACAUCCUUUCUUACAAACUGAAGUCAUUGGGAACCGGCGAGUGCCUCAAGUCAUCCAGGGAACAAAUGUGUAUGCCAUCCUGAGAGCUCCAAGAAUUGCAGGCACUGAGGCGAUAGUCAUGUUGGUGCCAUAUCGUAGUAGUAAGGCAGCACAGGAACGCGGUGACACGCACUACGGGAUAGGGCUCAUGCUGUCCUUAGCAAAGUUUUUCAGGACCAAGACGUACUGGUCCAAGGAUGUUAUCUUCCUGGUGGUUGAUCAGGAAGAUAUGGGCAUCCAAGCCUGGCUAGAAGCCUAUCAGGGUAUCCCCUCGAAUUACAUUAGUUCGUCAAUCAUGCAAGGGCGCAGCGGAGCUAUCAUGGGAGCGGUCAACCUGGAGGUGGGUGUGGCCCGUGUCAGACGCCUAGACCUGGUGACAGAGGGCAUCAACGGCCACCUGCCCAACUUAGACCUCUUCAACCUGGUUGUGCGGCUGUGCAGCAAGGAAGGGGUACAGGCUUCCUUCCAGGGCCAGGUGGACAGCGGUAACAACCAACGCCUCACCAGGGAAGGGUAUGAGAAAUCUGUCAAGACCAUGCUGCUGAAUAUGGCUCAUCAGGCAACAGGACAACCCCGCAGUAUACAUGGACUGUUCCUCCAUUACCACAUAGAGGCCAUUACCAUCAAAGCAGCAGCAGGCCAGAAAUCUGGCAGCAAGAGUAUGCAAAUGGUCGGUCGUGUCUUGGAAGGUGUGAUAAGAAGCAUCAACAACCUCCUAGAGCGGCUGCACCAGUCCUUCUUUUUCUAUGUCCUCCCGAAUUGUGACCGUUACGUCUCCAUUGGUCUCUACAUGCCACCCUUUGCCCUGCUUAUGAUGGUUCCUCUGCUGAAUGGUCUCGCCCUCUGGAUCACAUCUGGUAACAUUUCCAAAUCGGCACAAGAUCAGGACGUGGGAAAGGACAAGCCAAAGACUGAUUCAGAGAGCAUGGAGGAUUUUGUCCCUCGGCCAUUCAGUACCAUCAUGCCUCUUCUCAUCGGAGCAUCAGUGACCGGUGCCCUGCUGUAUAUCAGCCCUGAGUUCUUCAUGAGUCGACUGGCUACUGCCUUCAAGUUAACUCCAGAAGAGAUUGUCAGUCUGGGCGUGAUGGGGCUCUUUGUGGGCAGCAUCAUGCUUCCGCAUAUCAUCCGCCGGAAGAUGUCCUCCCCUUCUGAUCCAGGCCAGGCCACUGCCGAGUGGCAGCUGCUGAAGUCGGUGGCCCUCAUCUGGCAGGCUGUUAUCCUGUCCGCUAUCUCCAUGAUCAAUUUCUCCCUGGCAUUCUUCCUCAGCGUUGCCAUGGUUCCCAUCAGUGCCGUCAUCAGGCCAUCAUCCAGGACCCUGUUCCGUCUCCUGAAUGCCAUUCUUCUCCUCCUCAUCUCCCCACCAAUACUCCUCUUCCUGUUUCUAGCUAUUUACAAUGCAGCCACCUCACCCAUUGUAGACAUCACAGAACUACUGUCGGUCACUCUUCAGAUGUCCAAGCAUGCCAUGUACAGAUCAGUAGUAGAUGGCUACCUAUAUGGGAACUGGUCUUAUGGCUUAGCUACCAUGGUUGUGUUUCCAAACUGGCUCAUGUUAUGGCUCGUUGUAUGGAAGCAAGUUUAAAAAUUGAACAUUGUAACUCUAAAAAUAGAACCACUCGAGUGUUUUUGACCCUGUAAAAACAAUUCCAAAUUGUCAAAAAUUGUCAGCUAUGUGUACAAUCAUGAGAUCCAUUCAAAAUUACCAAGGAAAUUAGACUGAUGACUUAGCAUUAAAACAGAGAGCCAAAAAUGGCCUUUUCAAUUCUUGUUGCUGAAGCUAGCUUUGUUUGCAGAAUUCUGAACGGGGGAUACUGUGUGUCUGUUGUAAUAGAGUAAAAAGUCUGUUUGUUUGGUAUGUAAUAUGUUUAAAUUGAUUAUUCUGUUUAACUGAAAUUACAGUAUAUUCAAAUGUUUAAGAGUAACUGAGAAAAGGACCGUUAAGGAAAUUGGCCCCUGUUUUUUGGCUUUAUUAAAGAAGAAGAAAUACUGGUGUAUUUGUAAUUUACACUGUGUACUUGAAUAUGCUGAGAGCAUUCUCAAACCUCAAUAGGGGCUAUUCGCAAUUGUGCGCCACCAUGAGUUUGCAACGCGUUGGCCAAUCACAGCGCGCGAAAUUUGUCAACCCUUUCCAAACGUGCAUUAGGUCG